AUGAGAUUUCGCGAUAAAAGGCACCACCAAUACAAGGAUGAUAAGGAUAACGAGAAGCCUCCAGAGCAGGUGGGCCUUCGUGAUCGCCUUGCUCACUUCACAUGGUAUAUAUUUAGGCCAUGGUUCGCGUGCACAAUGUCUACAGGAUCCCUGGCUGUCGUGUUAGGAAAUACGCCAAACAAAUUUACCGGGCUACAAACAAUCGGCAAGGUCGUCUUCAUCUUCGAUCUGGUCCUCUUUGUCCUGUUCAGUCUAUGCAUGCUCACCCGUUUCCUGCUUGUUCCCCGGAAGCUGCUCGGGUCCCUGCAUCAUCCGGUUGAAGGUCUUUUCUUCGGCACCUACUGGGUGUCCCUCGCGCUGAUUCUGAAUUGCACGUACAUCUACGGUAACUCGGCGACUGGGCCGUGGCUGGCCAAGGGACUCGAAGUGACGUACUGGAUGUACUGUGCUGCAGCGUUUCUUGUCGGGCUGUUGCAGUAUUCCAUGUUUUUCCGUCUUGAGCGGCUCAACGUCGCUGAUGCUGUUCCCGCUUGGAUCUUUCCUAUUUACCCUCUGCUUGUAGUGGGAACGCUAGCUGGGACUAUAUUGCCAGGUCAGCCUCCGGAUGCGAGCUGGAAGAUUUUCGUUAGUGCCAUCAUGUUCAAGGGACUUGCGUGGUUGGUGUCGUUCUUGCUAUAUGGUCUUUAUAUGCAGCGUCUUAUGACGAAUGCUUUGCCAUCUCCAUCUACCAGACCGGGUAUGUUCGUUUCUGUUGGGCCAGCAGGCUACACUGCUGCUGGACUCCUUUCUCUCGCGAACCAAGCACCCAACCAAGUCCCAGCAAACUACUUGACGAGCAUAUCUGUUCCAGACGGCGAAAUCUUGCGCAUCAUCGGCAUCGUCGCUGGUCUUUUCGUUGUACUCUUCGCCUACUGGUUCUUCCUCGUCACAACCAUCGCCGUCAUAGUCGGAGCCCGCAACAUGUCUUUUACGCUAAACUGGUGGGCUUUCAUUUUCCCAAAUGCCGGACUCACGCUUGCGACGAUACAGGCAGGGAAGGUGCUGAAGAGUGAAGCUAUUAAUGGCGUGGCGAGCGCACUGACUCUAUUGCUUGUGAUCAUGUGGCUUAUGACAGCCGUGUUCUGUGCUCGCGCACUGUUCCUCGGACAGAUCAUGUGGCCUGGCAAGGACGAGGAUAAAACUAUGGUUGAUGUACCUUGGGGCUGGAGGGGUAAUAAGGGAGAUGCUGGAGCUAGCAAGGUUAGGCCAGCCCGACUAGAUGACGAUGUCUAA